AUGAAGAAUACUGGCAUUCGCGUUUUAUCUUCAGGACCACCUUUUCAAAAUCUUUCGUCUAAAUUGCAAGUAAAUCAUCUUCGUGAUAAGUUCAAAGAAGGUUAUUUUUCGUGUUCAACUUAUAGUAACUCUAUACCUAAGUUUGGCGACCACUCUGAAUAUCUCAAGCAAACUUAUCCUAAAAAUUUCAUACCUGACCAUGCUAGACAAGAUAUUUUGCCAGUUCAGCCCACAGAUAUUAAAGGUAUUGAUUCUGCCGCUUAUAGACAUAUUCAAAGAGGAAAGUUAAUUAAGAAAUUGCCCAGAUUAGCAGGAAAUAGGUUUUUUUCACUUCAUUUUUUUCCUGAGCAGCAUUAUAUUUCCUUGGCUAGGAAAUCUAAUAUUGCAUACACUUUCACGAAUAGGGGUGGGUUUAAAUUGAAUAACUCUACACUCCAAAGUAAUCUCGAGAGAUAUCGUGGUCAAUAUCAAAACUUGACCUAUUUUCAAGAGGAUUUAUUUCCCUUGAGUAUUGCCACAUGCAGAUCAAAAUACCGCAAACUUAUCAAAAGGGCAUUAUUCAAUUCUGUGAAGAGAUGUAUUAAGGAUCAUUCUCAAUACAAUUUAGUAUCUGGUGUCUUUUAUUUUAGAUUAUCAGUAGUUCCAGUUACAGAGGAUGAUAAAAGGGAGAUUCAAGAAGAGACGAAUAAGUCUUUGUAUCGUUUGCUCAAUGAUAAUGAAUUACGCAAAACAACUCUUAGUAUCAGUAGAGAGCACAAUAAAGAGUUUAGGAAGGGUCAAUUUCUAUUAAAAGAUGUCCGCAGGUACAAUACACUCGGAGCUGAAAACGUCCCAGGUUAUUAUCCUAAACUACCAUUUCUAGGUAACAAAGAAAAGUUAGCAUAA